AUGGCUUCCAUAUCAAAAUCACACAGCUUCUGGACCCUAUGCGGUCUCCUACUAUGGCCCAUCACAUGUCUGACGCACAUGGAGAUGGACUGGCCUUAUGCACUCCGUUCCAAGCACAACCCAGACAACGAUUACUCCAACAUCGACUACAGCAUGACUUCGCCCCUCAAUGCAGACGGGACCAACUUUCCUUGUAAAGGCUACCAGAACGACAGACCUUUCCAAUCGGUCACAACAUAUACAGCGGGUUCCACAUACAACAUCUCACUUGCAGGCUCAGCUACGCAUCUCGGCGGCUCGUGUCAGAUUGCCCUGAGCUACGAUAAUGGUGCCACUUUUCGAGUCGUGAAAAGUAUCAUUGGUGGCUGCCCGCUGAGCUCUUCAUAUGACUUCAAAAUACCAUCCUUUGCGCCCAGCGGAUAUGCGUUGCUCUCGUGGACGUGGCAGAACCAUGCGGGCAAUCGAGAGUUCUACCAGAAUUGUGCACAAGUGAAGGUCAUUUCUAGCGCAAGCCGACGAUUAAGACGGCAAAGCUUCCACAGCUUCAACAGCCUCCCAUUCAUCUGGAAGGCAAAUUUGGAAGGUCUCAACGAUUGCGCGACUGCCGAAGGAAGUGAUCCUGUAUACCCCAAACCCGGACCUGACGUUGUAUACGCCGGUGACGUUACUGCUUCGAGC